GCUGUCAGAUAAAAAAUUUCUAAGGAGCCUAAUUUUUUCUCUAGGCACCCUAGAAAUUCUCUAUCUGAUAGCCAAUCGGAACGUCUAGCAAGCUUGUCGUCUGAUGCAUGUAAUAUUAGCCUUAAGAUGGCGUUUCAGAAAAAUGGUCGCAAACUAUAUUAUCAACCAUAACAUCAAGAAGAUCGUUAAUUCCCAAGCGUCUUCGAUGAGAUAAGAUUGUUGUAUCUACAUCUACGUCAGACAUUGAAAAUAAUUAUAGGCUUUCGAUAAUUUAUUUAAAAAGAGAACCACAAUUAAAACAUUUGUAAAUUUAAUUGUAUGUUUGCAAAAUGUCGUUAUUUCAUGAAUAUAACAAAAUUUCCAAACCUGAUAAUUUGAUAACAAUACCCAUGCCAUCACCAUGUAAAACAACUAUCUUUAAGCCUAAAGGGCAGAAAUCAAAAGGCUUAUCAAUAAGAUCUAACUCAGAUAUGAACAUAUGUCAUAGCACACGUCCAAUUAGUGCAAAAGGAAAUUUAUAUAAUCCCAAAGAAUCAAAAAUUUCAAAGCCUAAGACAAAACAAGAUAGCUGCGGAUAUACCUUAUCCAAAGUGGAAACAUAUCCACUAAAGGAACAGUGGGAAUUUCCUAGUAGUAAACAUUGCAAUGUUGAAUUUCAAGGAUUUCAGAAAUUAAUUCCAAAAGGAGAGAAAAAAGAAAUUAAUAAAGAUAAAAAAACAGAAGAGAUAGCAGAUAACAUUUUUAAAAAACCAUUGCCUCCUAAGAAAUUUGUUAAAAUUCGUGAACCAGAAAAUUUAGCACAUCCUUAUGAUGCACAAUAUGAAUUUGAUCAUAAAUAUGUUGAAACUAUGGAGCAAGAAUUCAUAAAUCAAUACUUAAAAGGAAAGGAAAAUAUAAUACCUUGUGAAAAGAAAGAUUCAGAAACAUUACUAGCUGUAGAAAUUCCGAAACUUAUUUUUCCUAAUUUCUUUGAUGAGGAAUAUAUAAAUCUUUCAUCUCCUGAGCUGCCCUAUAUAUCCGACGAUGACACUUUGUGAUUGGGGUACAGCUAUAUUGUCUGUUUACGAAACGUCGUCAGCGAUUUGACGAGAUCAUUCGGCUUACCUGAAGCUGUUUCACCUCCAUAUUACGGAUCUGCAGUAGGUCGCGCGUGAUGGAUACCACUUCCUUCAGCGAAGUCACUUGAUUGUUCAGGGCGUUGAUUUGAUUUUCCUGAUUCGCAACCACGUG